UUUGCAAAUGCAAAUAGUACUCGAACAUGUACAUGUGUGAUUUUCUUCUUGUGUUUUUAAAAUAUCAAUUUGUUUUCGACGUAAUUCUCUUGUACAAGGAAAUGGAACAAGGAGGUCACAUCACACCUAGAUGAUUAGGAAAGCAACUGCUUUCUUGUUCUUUCUGGUUGGAGACAGUUCGGUGAUUCCAAGGAGACAAGCUUAGCAGAGCAACAUUACACCUACCAUGAUUCCCUUCCAUUCAUUCCAGGAAGAGCUUUGCCAUUACCAUUGUCAUUGCCAUCACCAAGGCUGCCACUCCCGUCUCCCGGUGUUCCCAGACCUUCCCUUGAUGGCCGAUGAUGACAGCAACUGCUUUGCUGUGCAGGAUCACCUGGCACUCCCCUAUAUCACACAAAUCCUCAUGGAGGAGGAGGAUGACGUUGACGAAGACAACCCUGCACUCCUCAAAGCCCAGCGACCCUUUGCCCAAAUCCUCUCUUCCAGCAUGCAUGCCUCCACCUUAAUGGCAGACCAAGGCGGCGCCUUGGCCCUCGACGUGCACUCUCCCAGCUCGCCCAUCUUCAAGUUCAAGGGUGUUGAUGAGGUCCGCAGCUUGCUGUUGCUCCCCGAUGGGGACUACAGCACUCACAUGUUUAGCACUGCCUUCCUCAGGGGCAUGGAAGAGGCCAACAAGUUCUUGCCCACAAACUGUGAGCUGACGACCACCGGUGGGCAUGAUCAACCCAAGGAGAAAAGUGGCAGGGGCCGCAAGGACAGGCAUGGUGAGGUGGAGGCUGAUGUCAGUAGGACUAGCAGAUUGGUGGAAGUUGGUGCUGGCGAGGUGUUCGACCAAAUGCUCAUUGCCCAUGGCAAUGAGACUGGGAACAGCAACAAGAAGGGGAGAAAGAGCAAGACGCGGGUGGUUGACCUGCACACACUGCUGAUCCACUGCGCUAAGGCGGUGAUGGAUGACCGCCGUAGUGCAGGUGAGUUACUCAAGGAGAUCAAGCAGCAUGCAUCACCAACUGGGGAUGCCACACAGCGGCUUGCCUACUGGUUUGCUGAGGGGCUGGAAGCGCGGCUGACCGGCACAGGGAGCCAGGUGUACGGGUUGCUCACGGCGGAGUGCACCUCUACUGUGAGGCAUAUGCAGGCCUACCAGCUGUUCAUGUCCACUUGCUGUUUCAGGAAGGUAGCCUUCUUGUUUGCCAACAAGGCCAUUUUCAAUGCAGCAGUCGGGAGAAGCAGGUUGCAUAUCGUGGAUUAUGGCCUCCAUUCUGGGUUCCAGUGGCCUGAGCUGCUGCGCUGGUUGGCUUCAAGGGAUGGUGGCCCACCGGAGGUCAGGAUCACCCACGUUGAACUCCCACAGCCUGGGGUCUACCCGGAAAAACAUAUGGAGCAGAUAGGUAAUCGGCUGACUGACAUUGCACAAGAGCUUGGUGUGCCGUUCAAGUACCGUGCUAUCAUGGCACAGUGGCAGACCAUUUGCGUUGAGGACCUGGACAUGGAACCUGACGAGGCGCUUGCUGUGAAUGACCAGUUCAAUUUCAGGACCUUAAUGGAUGAGAGUGUCGUCAUAGCCAGCCCGAACCCCAGGGAUGCCGUCCUCGGCAACAUCAGCAAGAUGAAGCCAGACGUGUUUGUCCAAAGCACCGUGAAUGGCUCCUACGGCACCUUCUUCUUGUCACGGUUCAGAGAGGCCCUCUUCUAUCACUCUGCGCUAUUUGACAUGCUUGAUGCAACCAUGCCACGGGAGAGCAAACUGCGGCUGGCGCUGGAGCGUGACGUCUUUGGGUGGAUGGUCCUGAAUGCCAUCGCAUAUGAGGGAGAGGACCGAGUGGAGCGCGGUGAGACCUAUAAGCAUUGGCAGAUCAGAAACCAACGAGCAGGCCUGAGGCAGCUGCCACUGAACAGAGAGACUGUUAAGAUGGCUAGGGACAUGGUCAUGGGUGAGUACCACAAGGAUUUUGACAUAGACGAGGAUCACCAGUGGCUGCUACAGGGAUGGAAGGGUCGUAUUCUCUACGCCCACUCAACAUGGGUGGCAGAGGGAGCUAGCUCCCAUUGUUAGCUAUUUUUCUCCUUUCUGCACCGGAACAACAGCUGCUAUGGGCAAUUAAUACUAUACUGUUUGUGAUGAGGUUUAUAUUCUAAACUUUGAAGAUGCAUUUUAUUUUUUCUUGCUUUUAUGGGAUGGCAAAAGGCAUUUGGGAUGAUGUGGCAUUUUCUUUGCUCUUUUCUUGUACUCAACUGUAUAAGAAGAUAAAUAUAUUUCUAUGUUUUUUAAGAUAAAAUAUAUAUAUCUAUGACUAUGGCCGCGUGUUAUCCGGAACGAACUGGUGGCAUGCUUGUUUUAGUGGCUAAUUUAGCUGGUGACUACAGUGACCCAUUGUCCAGACUUUGAUGUUGAGCCUUGGAUAUUCACGGAAACUGUCUGAUCUCUUUGUCAUAGUCUGGUGGAUUCAUGCAAUACUGGCAAGGAAGAUGAAAUUCAAGAUUGGAAGUAAAAAAGCUUGUAGGUAAGCACGAUGUGAUAUCAUCCUUCUGUGUUUGUAAAUUGGAUGUUUUGUUGACCAUGUAUUACAACUUCAGUUAUAGAUGAUCAGGACCACCAUGGUAACCAGUUUGUUGCUUCUGAAGCUACCAUGCUCUUCUACAGUUGGCUGGUAAAUAGUUUAUCGAGAUGGCAUAUUUAUUUGUUAUCAAAAGUCGACAAACUUGAGAUGUUUUCAAGGGAUAUGUGAGCCAAGAUCAUUCAGUAUAUGGGCCACUGGUUGAAGGAAUCAAGGGAUGCCUCCAGGACUCUGAGGACCAUGCGCUGCUGGCGGUCCGAUGUACGGCUAAUGAGUGCAGGCGAUAGGCGGAUCAGGUCUGGAGAUACCAAAUGACUACUACAUUCAGGAUUGGUUGGAGGGCUUAGCUGUCAAAGAUAGAAGAUCUGGGGUGGUUUGAGUUUAGAUGCCGUCGUGCCUAGUGUAGAUCAAGCAUGGUGUACAUGCUGCAUAUAACGGAUAAAGGUAACAAAUCCUCCAUUUGUUAACCACUUUUAGGUUCAGUCCUCGUACUUCCCCAAUUGAACACACGUCCAUGUUUGAGUACUAAGUGCACUUUCAAAACAAUUUUCAUGCAAAUAAAGCUGCUAUUUUGGCCCUUCAUCAUUGUAUCACUUCUGUACUACAUAAAGGUUUUCAAGUGCCAUAGUGUGCAAACAUGUCCAGUUGUGAUCUUUCCCAGAAUUCUUUUAAAUGCCAUUUUUUUGGCAUAAUGUCCUUGUACUAGCAAAUGGAACAAGAAGGUCACAUCGUCCCUAUAU